AUGUUCAGCAAUCCACAAGCAAGGAAAACUUGGUGUAACGAGGUAUGGGCUCGACUGAAUACACCAAAACAUAGUGGUAUUUUCUGGCUUACUAUGCUUAACAGAUUAAAAACAAAAGAUAGACUGGUGAAAAUGGGCAUUAAGGUUCAAGAAACCUGCUGCCUUUGUGAUGAAUACAAGGAGAAUGUUCAACACUUGUUCUUUGAGUGCAAGACAACCAGCUAUUGGCUAGAUGAGAUUAAAAGCUGGCUGGGAUGGAAAGCAAGAGCAACAAACAUUCAGCAGUUUGUUCGAUGGAUUGAGAAGGCAAAGGUGUCAAAAUUUAAAAAGCAAGUUUUUUCUACAGCAGUUGCUGCACUUGUUUACAGCAGCUGGAAGGCUCGAAAUCAACUCAUAUGGCAGCAAGAACAGAUCAAUCAAAAGCAGGUUGUUUGUGACAUUAAGUGGAGUCUAAGGACUCGAAUUAAUGUUGUUUUGCCAAAGAAAAUCUCAAAUGUAGAUAAAGAAUGGUUCUUUGCUUUGUAA